AUGGUACCGGGUUGGCGCAGCAAGUAUCUGAAGAUCCUAAGGGAGUUCGGGUAUGAUGAGGGACAGGACGUCAGGGCGGCGCGCGUACUUGAUGCGGCCAUCGGGACACACACGCCGGUACGGCUGCUGGCAGACGCAAUCGAGGACAGGGUAGUGUUUGUGGUAGGGGCCGGCCCGUCACUGCACCGUGCCAUGGCGCCCCUGAAGGAGUUCCUGGACAUCCCCAGGAUUGCGGCCGACGGGGUGCUGGCCGCCCUGACGGGCAACGGCAUCGGGGCAGACGUGGUGGUGACUGACCUUGACGGUGACCUGGAGGCCCUGAGGGUGGCAGACAGGGACACCAUAUUCGUGGUCCACGCCCACGGCGACAACAUCGACAGGCUGGGUUUUGUCAAGAACCUAACAAGGUGUAUCGGGACCACCCAGGCAACAGAGCAAGGCAAGAUACACAACUUUGGCGGGUUUACCGACGGGGACAGGGCCGUGUUUCUUGCGGAGCACUUUGGGGCAAGGAGGAUCAUCCUGCUGGGCAUGGACUUUGGGGACAGGAUCGGCCGGUACUCGUUCACCCGCAGGCGCGACAGGCCAGUCAAGCUGAGAAAGAUGCGAACGGCGCAGGAUCUUCUGGUGUGGCUUGCGUCGCAGUCCAGAGCCGAGAUCUGCACCACGUCAAGGGCCCUGCCGGGAAUCAGGAAGAUCGGCUACGGGGAGAUCCGGAGCGUCCUUUAG